UUAUUCCAAAUUUGACUACAUUUCAUACCUUAAAUUUGACAACUCGUCCCAAUGUGGUUUGGUGGAGUUGCCUUUGGCCAUCAUGUAAGCUCUAAAAAUGAUACCAAAAGAAGAUUGACAACUACAACUAAAACUAUUUAGAUGAUGGGAUAGAAAAUAUAACAAAACUUCAGGAAAUAAUUGUAAAAAGCAAAUUGAAAGUUCCCUUCAAAGACUAAUUGAUAGACUAAAUGGAGUGUAUACGACAAAGAUAUUUUAUUGCACUUUUUCAUUCAAUAUGCCACAGUUCAACAUUACUAAAACGUUAUUUGAGUUUAAUCUCCUUAGUUUGGACAUAAAAUUCUAAACACCUAGACAAACUAUUUUUAAACAAUUUUCUUUAGAAAAAAAUUCCAAAUUCUUUAGUUAAUGGCAAACCGGAAGAAUGGUUUGUUGGAGGCAACAUGGAAAGUUGCUGCUGCCGCCAGCCUUUCUCCAUAACUGCAAACGACAUCUGACUGAAUUGGGUAUGGAGCAGUCACUUAAACAACUAAUUGGAAAUACAAAUCUGAGAAGGAGCAAACCAGAAGACUAUAGAAAAUUGCGUGAUAUCAUAGCCGCAUAUGGACGUGCCAAGAUGCUGGGCAGUGACAUACAAUUGACCCAGGAUGAAUAUUUGGCCAAUCAGGUGAUAAUGAGUGAGAAGAAAAAGGAAUAUGAAAAAGGCAUUAUGGAUCCCACCAAAUUCGCACCGGGCUAUCACAUCUUUCAAGUUUUGCAUAAGAUCAAGAAGUCACCAUUGUUUCACAUUCUAACGCGAAUGCCCAAGGGUGGAGCACUCAAAACGCACGAUACUUCAAUGUGCAGUACGGAAUUCCUAAUCAAAUUAACGUACAAGAAGAAUCUGUGGGUAUGCACCACGAACAAAGGUUGUCGCAUUGAGGAGUUUCGUUUCGCCAAGGAGAAACCAAGCGAAUGCAAAUUCAAAGAUGGCAAAUGGCAAAAAAUGGAAGAAAUUCGUGAACAUCGUGGCGAUGAGAAUGUUUGCAAAUAUCUUCAAAUACGUUUCAGUAUGUUUCCCCUAUCGAGUUUUACGAACAAUGCUCAAGCAUGGCGGCAUUUUAUGGGAAUAUUCGCCCUACUCGAUGGUCUAACACAAUUUGCACCUGUUUGGGGCGAAUAUUACUAUAAUGCUCUCAAAGAGUUUUAUGCCGAUGGUGUGCAAUAUGUUGAGACUCGUUCAUUGUUGCCGCAACUCUAUUGCUUAGAUGGCGAAAAAUUGCCCAUACGUGAAACUGUUCAAAUCUAUUACGACCAAAUGAAUCGUUUCAAGAAAGAGCAUCCAGAAUUUAUUGGAGCAAAAUUAAUCUAUGCCCCGCUACGCCAUGUUACCCCAGAAGAUGUUGGCACAUAUGUUAAAACUUGUACAGAACUGAAUAAAGAAUUUCCUGAUUUUCUGAUCGGUUUCGAUCUUGUGGGCCAGGAAGAUGUCGGCCAUCCGUUGUCCAUGUUUGUGGAGCAGUUAAUCAAAUUACCGCCACAUAUAAAUUUCUACUUUCAUGCAGGACAUACCAAUUGGUAUGGCUCCCAUACCGAUGAGAAUCUCAUAGAUGCCGUCAUAUUGGGCACCAGGCGCAUUGGUCAUGGCUUUGCCCUUACCAAGCAUCCAAUAAUAAUGGCACUGGUUAAGAAAUUGAAUAUUGCUCUCGAGUUGUGUCCAGUGUCGAAUCAGGUUUUGCAAUUGGGCACUGAUUAUCGUAAUCAUCCGGCGGCCACUUUGAUAGCCAAAAAUAUUCCCUUGAUCAUCUCAUCGGGGAAUCCUUCAUUUUGGCGGGCCAGCCCAUUGUCCCAUGAUUUCUAUAUGGCAUUCUUGGGCAUUGCGCCCAUGAAUGCUGAUCUAAAGUUUUUGAAACGCAUUGCCAAAAAUUCAAUCAAAUACAGCGGUGUCGAGGAUGAGGAAAAGGCAGCGGCCAUGUCCAAAUGGAAAACUAAAUGGGACAAAUGGGUUAAGGACAUUUUGGAAAAUGAGGAAGAAAUGAUUCCAAAACAAGCUGAAUAAAAAAGAAGCCAAAAAACAAACACACACAGA